GGCAGUAAGCGUUUGGUCUCUUUCAUUUUUAUCCAACUAAAACACUAUUUACUUCCGAUGAACGGUCCAGCUCCCUCCGAAUGCUGCAGCAGUGCAAAUAAAGGCGGCAAAGAUGGAGUCCAGUGAGGAGGGCGGCGUCAGUGUCGGCGGCUCCGUGGGGGAGGAGAACUACUUCCUCGGCUACACCUUCACCGACCGCUCCCAUUCCAGCCGCGUGGUGAAGAGCAUCAUGGACCUGUGCCUGGAGGACGGCCUGUUCGCCGACGUCACCAUCACCGUGGACGACAGGCAGUUUCACCUGCACCGCCUGGUCCUGUCGGCGCAGAGCAGCUUCUUCCGCUCCAUGUUCACCUCCAACCUCAAAGAGUCCCACAACCGCUCCAUCGAGCUGAAGGACGUGAGCGCCUCCGUCUUCCAGCUGCUGGUGGACUACAUCUACCACGGCACCAUCAAGCUGCGGGUGGAGGAGCUGCAGGACACCUACGAGAUGGCGGACAUGUACCAGCUCACGGCUCUGUUCGAGGAGUGCUCCCGCUUCCUCUCGCGGACGGUGGAGGUCAAGAACUGCUUACAGGUGAUGUGGCUUGCGGACAGACACAGUGACCAGGAGCUGUACACCGCAGCCAAGCAGUGUGCUAAAAUCCACCUGGCUCAGCUCCAUCAGGCCGAAGAAUAUCUCAAUCUGCCGCUCUGUCUGCUGCUGGACAUCAUUAAGGAUGGAGUUCCCAGCUCCCAGAACCCGACCAUGGCCAUCGAGUCGUGGAUAAACCACAACAAGGUUGAGAGGGAGGAGUUCUCCUGCCUCCUCCAGGAGAAUCUGAAGGAAAUCGGGGAGAACGUCCACAUUUACCUGAUCGGUAAGGAGGAGACCAGAACCCACUCCCUCGCCGUGUCGCUGCACUGCGACGAGGACGACGCCAUCAGCGUGAGCGGCCAGAACAGCCUGUGCCAUCAGAUCACCGCCGCCUGCAAACACGGCGGCGACCUGUACGUGGUGGGGGGCUCCAUCCCCCGCCGCAUGUGGAAGUGCAACAUGCACACCAUGGACUGGGAGCGCUGCGCGCCGUUGCCCAGGGACCGCCUCAACCACACCAUGGUCUCCGUGGCCUCGGAGGACGCCAUCUACUCGCUGGGAGGCAAGACGCUGCAGGACACGCUGUCGAACGCCAUCAUUUACUACACGGUGAAGGACAACAUGUGGACAGAGACCAGCCAGCUGGACACCGCCGUGUCCGCGGCGGCCGGCGUCAACCUGGGAGGAACCAUAUACCUGCUCGGCGGGGAGGAGAACGACAUGGACUUCUUCACGAAGCCGUCGCGCCUCAUCCAGUGCUUGGACACGUCCUCCCAGAAGUGCCAGAUCAAGCCCUACAUGCUGCCGUUCGCCGGCUGCAUGCACGCCGCCGUCCACAUGGACGUGAUCUUCAUCGUGGGCGAGGGGGACUCGCUGGUGUGCUACAACCCCCUGCUGGAGAGCUUCACGCGGCUGCGCUUCCCCGAGGUGUGGAGCUGCGUCCCGUCGCUGUGGAAGGUGGCCAGCUGCAACGGCUGCAUCUACGUCUUCAGGGACAAGUGCAAGAAGGGCGACGCCAACACGCUGAAGUUCAACCCCGCCACGUCCGUGGUCUCCGUCAUCAGAGGCAUCAAGAUCCUCCUGACCAACUGGCAGUUCGUGCUGGCCUAAGCGGACGCCGUUGCGGUGCGACUCACGGGCUGGAACCGCGCGUUAUUGUACGGGCGAUUAUUGGCCUUUACGGCUUGCCAUAGCUGGGAGCGUUUCCAGACGGCCGCCGCAGACAUUCCAGCGUAGCGAGAAAGCAAAGCCGUCAGCCGCUUCUGUGCAGUGUGUUGUCGUGGAUCUUAUCCCGGGGUGUGAGUUAGUGGUGACAUCGUGACCGGGGGGGGGGGCAAACAACCCCAUUGCUUCCCGCGCGCCGCUCGUAUAUCAACACGCAUGAACUGCUUCUGUAAAAACGUCUCGCUGCAUUCGUGGUCAUCAUGUCCGGUCAAACUGGAUCCCAUCUUUGAGUCUUAUGCCUGCAAAUGUAAAGUCAGCAAAUGUUUUGUAACUUUUUAUGUACACAGUGCUGGUCCAAGUUGAUUUGUUCUGAUAAACGGGACGACAGGUAGAAGCGUAAAGUCACCUCUUGUUUUAAUCUGGACCUCCAACCCUCAGAAUCUCCAAAGUAACGGCGGAUGUAGUUAAAAUCCGUCAGAAAAAACGUUUUAAGACGACGACAGUGCCUUUUUAAAAGCGAUUGAUCCUUGUUGAACUGUAAACUUCAGUGUAAUGUAUUGAGAUGAUAUGCGACAGACCAACAUGUGGACAAGUGGGUUGUUAAUUUAUUUUCAACAUAUUUACGCAAAAAAAGUUAACCGAUUAAAAGCAGGGCGUGCCUCCCUAAAA